AUGGCCGCUACAAAUGGCGGUCGGGCGACCGGCGCAGGUCAAGACGAGGCUGAACUCCGUCGCAGGAAUGUUGCCAGCUAUGAAAAGGCCAAUGGACAACAUGUUUACAAGCUCGAGGCUGAGGACACAAAGAAACUGCAAAAGCCGCAGACGAGUAUUCUACAAUUCCUCGACGAGUGGGAAUUUUUGAUAGCUCCCAUCAUUUUUACAGCAUUUGCCUUGUUCACGAGGCUCUGGCGGAUAGGACUCUCUCCCAUUGUCACCUGGGACGAGGCCCACUUUGGCAAAUUCGGAUCACACUACCUGAAGCGGGAAUUCUACUUCGAUGUCCACCCUCCCCUCGGAAAGAUGUUGGUGGGCUUGUCCGGAUACCUGGCCGGCUACAAUGGAUCAUUCGAGUUCAAAUCCGGUGAAACAUACCCGGAGGAAGUGAAUUACACCUUCAUGCGCAUCUUCAACGCCAUGUUCGGCGUCGUAACCGUCCCCCUCGCAUACUACACAGCACGCGAACUGAACUUCAAACGAAGUGGUGUGUGGCUUGUCACUCUGAUGGUCCUCUGCGAAAACUCCUACGCCACCAUCUCUCGGUUCAUUCUACUCGACUCGAUGUUGCUCUGCUUCACCUUCACCACAAUUUUGUGCUGGGCAAGAUUCCACCGACUUCAGCACAAGAGUUUCUCCGUGGAAUGGUUUAUCUGGCUUUUCCUGACCGGUUUGAGCAUUGGGUGUGUCUGCAGCGUGAAAUGGGUGGGUCUUUUCGCCACGGCGCUUGUUGGACUGUACACCGUGGAAGAUCUGUGGAACAAGUUUGGCGAUCUGAAGAUGCCCAAGGUGGAGCUUGCAACCCAUCUAGUUGCUCGCGUCGUGGGCUUGAUCAUCAUUCCCAUCAUAGUCUACAUGUUCUCCUUCUGGGUUCACUUCUUGAUCCUAGAGAACUCGGGACCGGGUGAUGCGCAGAUGUCUUCCCUCUUCCAAGCCAAUCUCCGCGGAACCGAAGUUGGAAGGGACUCGCCGCUUGAACUUGCCCUUGGAUCCAAAGUCACUCUCAAGAAUAUGGGCUACGGCGGUGGUUUACUACAUUCCCACGUUCAAACAUAUCCGGAAGGGAGCGGCCAGCAGCAAGUCACCUGCUAUCACCACAAGGAUGCCAACAACGACUGGUUUUUCUAUCCCAAUCGCAGCCAGCCUGAAUAUGAUCCGGAAGGGCCUUUGAGCUUCAUUGCCGACAAACAGGUCGUCCGCCUCAUCCAUGCUCAAACUGGCCGAAAUCUUCAUUCGCAUGCCGUUGCAGCUCCUAUCACAAAGGCCGACUGGGAGGUUUCCUGUUAUGGCAAUGUCACUGUCGGCGACGAAAAGGACCAUUGGCAAAUUGAGGUUGUCAGUGACGCCGCGUCCUCCGAUAGAUCUCGCAUCCGGACCUUGACCACGGCGUUCAGGCUGAAGCACGUCGAACUAGGAUGCUACCUUCGUGCUGGAACUGUCAAUCUUCCUCAAUGGGGUUUCAAGCAGAUUGAAACAACCUGCGUAAAGAAGCCAAGUCCAAGGGAUGUUUACACACACUGGAACGUCGAAUCUCACGUUAAUGAAAGACUUCCCCCUGGAAACGCGGCAAAUUACCGGUCACCGUUCUUCAAGGAUUUCAUUCAUCUCAACGUGGCGAUGAUGACGUCGAAUAAUGCCCUCGUUCCUGAUCCCGAUAAGCAAGACGACCUUGCGUCCAAGUUCUGGCAGUGGCCCAUUCUGCACGUGGGACUUCGCAUGUGCUCGUGGGAGGAUCACAUCACCAAAUACUUCUUGCUCGGCAACCCGAUCGUCUACUGGGGCUCAACGGCUUCGUUGGGCGUGGUGGGCCUUAUCGUCGCGUGGUAUUUGAUUCGUUGGCAGCGGGGCUACAACGAACUCAGCCAGGCCGACAUUGACCAAAUCCAUUACUCAGGCAUCUAUCCAGUAAUCGGAUGGUUCUUCCACUAUUUCCCUUUUGUGAUCAUGGGACGAGUCACCUACGUCCACCACUACUACCCGGCUCUCUACUUUGCAAUCCUGGCGGCUGGGUUCAGCCUGGACUGGACCACACGACGUCUCAACAGCAAGGUGCGGUGGGGCAUCUAUUUCGUCUUGUACGCCGUUGUUAUUGGACUGUUCGUUUUAUUCAGCCCAGUUGUGUUUGGUAUGCAGGGAAGCAAUCGACAAUACGCGUAUCUCAGAUGGUUUGAUCGAUGGAGGAUUUCGGACGCCAAAAUGUGGGACGACGCUUGA